GAAAAUCUGGUCACCUUACCCAAAUCCUGUGCACGUUUCCUGGAAGUUGCCACCAUUGGAUCCAGAAAUCUAAUUAUUAUAUUACGAGGGGCUAAAGCAGCUUUAGCAGGCAACGUUUCCUCGCAAAAAGAAUCCCAGUUAUAACUGCAAAGUGAUGCCGUAAAAUACUCCGGCUUUCCCUUCGCUUCGGCCCCGCCCGAAGAGGAGCAAAGCUUCCGCGAUCUCUCGGCCAAAAGGCUGGAAUAAGAAGAGAAGGGGGCGCUGCCUCGAGAGAGGUAGCCCCGCUAGCUGAAGGAAGUGUCUGUUUCCACUCCAACCUGGAAGUGAAAGGAGACGCCGGUCGAGCGGAGGCCAAGCCUGUUUGGGAGCCCGAUCGCUUGCCGCGGUCCUGGUACUGUCACUGCGGCCAUGUUCCAAGGAGGCAAGCUGGAAGUGGCAGGGGCAGGCGGCAGCCUCCGGAAACAUCGGAGCUCCAGCGAAUCGCUGCCCAGCUGCAGCUCCCAGACAAACCAUAAAGGGCAGGAUCGGAAGGAGCAAAAGCGAAAUAAGCGGAUUGUGCAACAAAUCCAACAGAUCCAGCAUCUGGAGUCCUUUUUUAGUGGAUUUCUUUUCUUUCUGUUGCAGGAAAAUGAGACUAAACCAGAAGACUGCAUUCCUGAUGUACCUGGCAAUGAAAAUGCACGAGAAUUUUUAGCACAUGCUCCAACCAAAGGAUUAUGGAUGCCUUUAGGAAAAGAGGUCAAGGUUAUGCAAUGCUGGAGAUGUAAACGAUAUGGACACCGAACAGGAGAUAAAGAAUGUCCUUUCUUCAUCAAAGGCAACCAAAAAUUAGAACAAUUCAGAGUAGCACAUGAAGACCCCAUGUAUGAUAUAAUAAGAGAAAAUAAACGCUAUGAAAAAGAUAUGAGGAUAGAACAGUUAAAACGGUUGCUGGAAGACUCCACAUCAGAUGAAGACAGCAGCAGUGAAAAUUCCAGUUCUUCAGAGAGUCAGGUGAAGCACAAGAAGAAGAAAAAGAAAAAGGAAAAGAAGAAGAAAAAGAAAAAGAGAAAACGCCGAUCCUCUAAAUCAAGCAAAAAGUCUGAAUCAGAUUGAGGAGAUAGUUGCCUUUAUGUCAAUAAGUUAUAAAAGAUCCAAAGAACAUUCCUUCAUUUCUGUUUUACCUGCAUCCUCUUCCUUUCUUGCGUUGGAAAACCACAACAACAACAAAACAAGAAAGUUUAUUUUGUAUCUGUAUGAGAUGCUGCUAAAGAAAACUGCUUAAUUUAUACUCUGACUUGAAUCCUGCAGACUCUUUUUAGCUAUUUUUGUAAAAGGUCCUCCACCCUUAACUUUAAUAAUCAAUCAAUGUAGGAAAGGGGAAACAACCAAUAAGAAGUUCCAAACUACCAAUAGGAAAGUUCCAAAAAUAACUCUCAAGAUUUACACAAAUAUCUUUUCAUCAAAGUUUUGUAUGAUUUCAAACCUUUAUUGUCAGAGUACAACAUAUAUACAAUGAGAUUGGCUGAACCUCCCUUCAUGCAAUCCCACCACCACAAUACAACUCACAGUGAAAGACAAAAAAAUCCCUAGCCCAGUGAAUCCUACUAACAAAAACCUAUUGCACCAUGUGAACUUAUUACACAUUGUGCCAGCCCCGCAAAUCAAUCAGACUAUGUUGUUGUAGAGCUAUUUUUCAUUCAGGAGUCUGACAGCCCACAGAUAAAAACUGUUCUUCAUCUCCUUCCAGAUGGUAAGAGAAUAAAGAAGGGCUGACCAGGGUGUGAGUCAUCCCUGAGGAUUUUCCUCACUCUUUUAAGGCAGAGAGUCCUAGUGAUGUUGUCUGGUGUUUUGUGCUGUGCUCACCACCCUCUGUAAUGUCUUUCUAUCCGUGGCUGUCAAGCCAGCAUCCACACAGGGCCGGAUUUAGAUGAAAAGAGGCCCUAGGCUAUUCCACUUAUGAGGCCCUUUCACCUCCCAUUUUUAAGCU